AUGAAGGGAUCAAGAAAGUCUAAGAUUAUAAUCACCGGGUCUGCUGUUUUAUUCAGCGGUUUAUUUACUACCAUUGUAGCAGAAGGCCCAGCCGAAACUGCCCCAGGCAGCGCACCCGAGACUGUGGCUCCAGCAAUUAAAGAAGACGUGACAGCCGGAGGGGGAGCAGCUGGUAGAGAGGGUUUUUCUAUGGAAGAAGAUGUUCAACGGGCCGUCAAGGCGGAAAACCCAACUACUACAUCAGGCAGCUCAGCCGACGCAUCAAGUAAAUCAGGUGGCCCGGAUGCUGUGAUAACCAACAGUAGCAGCAUCGAAGAGAUCAAAGCUGACAUUGCCAAGAAACUUGAUGAAACUAAAGAGGCCGUAUCCAAGAAUGUGGAUAAGCUGCAAUUCAAGAUCAAACCACAACAAACUCCCGACCACAUGGAGGCAACUACCGAAGGAGAUAGUCGUGUAACCACGGCUUUCAAAUCACUCCUGUCCUAUAUUCCAGGAUCUAGCUACUUUAUGGGUAGUUCCUCACCAGCCGAGCCAAAGAAAGGUGAGGAAGAAGGUGAGGCUAAAACCGAGACCCCAGGUGAGAAAGAAGGUGAGGCUAAAACCGAGACCCCAGGUGAGAAAGAAGGUGAGGCUAAAACCGAGGCCUCAGGUGAGAUUAAACCCGUAAGUCAAGGUGAGGCUAAGCCCGUAGGCCAAAGUGAGACCCAAACCGAGGCCUCAGGUGAGAUUAAACCCGUAGGCCAAGGUGAGGCUAAGCCCGUAGGCCAAAGUGAGACCCAAACCGAGGCCUCAGGUGAGAUUAAGCCCGUAGGUCAAGGUGAGGCUAAGCCCGUAGGCCAAAGUGAGACCCAAACCGAGGCCUCAGGUGAGAUUAAGCCCGUAGGUCAAGGUGAGGCUAAGCCCGUAGGCCAAAGUGAGACCCAAACCGAGGCCCCAGGUGAGAAAGAAGGUGAGGCUAAGACCGAAAGCCAAGCUGAGAAAGAAGGUGAGAUUAAACCCGUAGGCCAAAGUGAGACCCAAACCGAGGCCUCAGGUGAGAUUAAGCCCGUAGGUCAAGGUGAGAAACAAGCUGAGGUCAAAGGUAUGAGCAAAGAGGACAAGCGUGCUGCCCAGCAGGAUCUACAGAAAACAAUACGCACACAGGCUGGGUUUGUUGGGGCACUUGGCCCUAGCGGAUCCGCCAAAAAGAAGGCAGACAAGAAAAGGAAGGAAAGAGAGGCCAGAAAGGAACUAGCAGACACCCAACACACACAGGCUGGGUUUGUUGGGGCAUUUGAUGAGAACGAGCCAACCCAAAGUAGCAAAGAGGAUAAAGCAGUAGGUCCUUCUUCAGAUGAAGGUGCUGGUGGUUCACAAGAAGCGCCAAAGCCGGAGGGUCGCAGUGAUACAGCCGUUCAAACUUCACAAGAAUCAGCGAAUCAACCCAGUCAAGAAGAACUAAUCCGAAAUUAUAUGGAGACAACAGGUAAAACAGAAGAGGAAGCUAAAGUAGCCGUAGGGACGACCUUGACUCUUCUGAACAAGCCAGCACAAGCCCCACAACAAGCGGCGGAGGAACCGUCGGCUUUAAAUCCUUCAGCAUCGCAGAGUGCACCAGCAAAGGAAAAGCAAGACUAA